AUGCAGAACCAACCUCUUGCUCCUGUUGAUACCCCAGCGGCCAAACGCGCGAAACGGCCACGCGCGGCGCAAGCUUGCGACCGAUGUCGGCUGAAAAAGUAUAAGUGCGACGAGCAGUAUCCCUGCCUACAUUGUAAAAGUAAGAAACCCGGAAUGAUCAAACAACAGCUCCUGACCGAUCCACAGAAAAUGACCUGGUCUGUGUAUACCAGGGCAAUUACAGGGAACGUGAAAGUGGCCGUUCUGCAAAGUAAGUUGUCUCUCGGGCCGAUCGCGGUGCACACUGACAUCGCCAGCUAUGUAACCGACCUCGAGAGAAAGGUCGAGGAAUUGAGCUCCAAGCUGCGAGCUUCGGAGUCAACACAAGGCGCAUCUCCACGUGGCCCGGGGGCUGAGACAACGCCAUGUUCUAUGCCAAAUACUUCCACGCCGCAAGAGCUGGCUAAAUUACCCGAGACACGCGCGGAAUCCGCCGACAGCGGCGAGAAUGAAAUCAACGAGUUCAAUCACCACACAAACGGUGUGGAGUUCCACGGAAGUACCUCUUCGGCUGCUAUUAUCGGCCUGUUGAAAAAAGCCCGAGACCCCAGAGGCCAAGAAGAGCCUCACCCUCGACCUGGAGACGGCUCCUCACUUAUAUCCACGCUUCAUAAUCCAAGCUUCUCGCCGUCAUAUGUUGCGUUACCGGCGCAGAUCCUAUCGCUGGAACAGCACAACUACUACUUUGACCAAGCGCAUAUCUUCAUGAACGGGUAUUUCGAAAACAUCCACUUCGUCCACCCUUUCAUCGACAAGGAAGACUUUUUAAUCCGCGCGAACGAUUUAUGGUUCAACCGAUCACGCACCCCUGAGCCAAGCUUUGUUGCGCUAUACUUGAGCAUUCUAUCAGUCGGAUCAUUGGUGCGUGUCUGGGAUGAAGGAACCUUAGCUGGACUAGGGCGCUUCGAAUGGAGUCGCAAGCUUUUCGCGGAGGCGCAAGUCUACUUGAAUCAUCUGAAGUUCUCAAAUGAUCUUGAGACGGUCCAGUGUCUCUAUGUGAUGGCCAAAGUUUGUCAAAACGAACUCAACCCAAACCUGGCCUAUAUGUAUCUUGGUUUGGCUGUACGGACCUGCCUUUCCGCUGGCUUCAAUCGGGAUGUGCCGUCCCCGGGGGAUAACGGGCAGCGCUCAGGCUGGAUCUCGAAAACCUGUGAAAUGAGUUUCUCCGUCGGACGACCCGACACUCUCGGAAUGGAUGAGUAUCACAACAGAAGCAUUCCGCCACGCGAUGACUCUGAGUUUGCCAUCAUCCCAUGGAUGAUUGACUUUGCUCAGAUUAUUCGACGAGUAUCUGUGCAAAUCUACCACUCUCGCAUUUCAUUACAGGAAAAAUUACAGAUUGCCUUGCAAAUCGAGAUGGAAAUGGAUCGUUGGCUAGCGAGACUUCCCGAGAAGAUCAAACCUGAUAUCGGUGGCUACAGGUUGUCUCGCAGUGCCCUGCGUGACCCAAAAUGGGCAAGAAGACAACGGCUUGUAUUGGGGAUCCGAUACUAUAACGUGAAAAUGCUUCUUUUCCGGCCAUUCUUAAGCCACUUUACACGAAAGCUUCGACACCCUCCGACUGAAUUGGAUUUAACCAUCGAUAAGUGCUUGGACUCGGCUAUGAAAACACUCCAAGUGGUGCAUGAUAUUUACCGAGUCCACACUUUCUUCCGCUGCUGGUGGUACAACACAACAUAUGUCAUGUUUGCUACAUCGACCCUCCUCCUUCCGAUGUCAAAACUAGGCAUGACUCCGGAGACUAUGCCCUUACUGCGAUCUGUAGAAAUGGGUGUGGAGAUUCUGGAAGCCAUGGAAGAGUCCGUAGUGGCCCGGAAGUCGGUUGAAAUCAUAAGACAGUACCUGAGGGAUUUCCGAGCGACAGGAGCCCCACAGCCUGGGGAAGAGGACCUCCCCGCUCCAGAAACGGCCCCUGGGCAGAGUUUCGAAGUGCCUGAAUGGGCCUACGGUUUCGGCUUCCCAGAUUAUUCGUUUGAAGGAAUUGCUCGGCUGUUUGACGAUGUUGGGGGACUUCCGAUGCUGGAUGAAUAG